UAGAGUUGCUUAAUAUUCUGAAAAAUAUUGAAAACUGUAGUAUCUGGUUAUAGUGUUCAAUUAAGAGGGCAACAUUGCAAUCGAAGGUAGCUGGAAAAACAGGAAAAAUGGAUGCUCAUGACGGCAACACGGGGUCUCAGCUUCGUGAUCCAUGGCUAGAUCUACGUGGGAUGCCGCGGGCCGUAAUCACGCCAGGCUCGAAGCGGAAUGUCCGUGGGUUCGGGAGGGCGAGCACCGUUUAAACGGGCAUCAGCCACUUCUAUACCAAUCACGAAAAAGUCCACGAGAGCCCGAUCGAAGCCAGAUUCAAGGCCGCCAUCGGGCUCAGGUCGAAAACGCGACGUGGUCUCGUCACUUUUCAGUCCGAAAAGACCAGCGAGCAGAAAACUCGAGCGUCCUGUCGGACACGAGACGAAGCUAGAUCACCGACACAAAGGACAGCAAACCCAGCCGCAGCAACAGCAACAGCCGACGCAGCAGCAACAGCAGCAACAGAUCUCGCUGCGUCAGGCGUCCAGCGCCUCCUCGCUGGAGGCGAAGAACGAGAGCCAGUCGGUCGGUAACUGGGGCUCUCUUGGUAAGGAAGGGACAAAGGGACACGCGAAGGGCAAUCUCAAUCCCAAGGGACCCGGCAAGGGGUCCAGGAUGCAGGAGCUCGAGCGUGAGAUCGAGGUGUUACGCAAGGAACGAGUGAGACUUGAGUCGAAUCUACGGGAGGCAUCUUGCGACUCUCAGAAUCUCCACGAACUGCGAGCUGAACUCACUUCUCUCAAGCAGCAGCAUAGUUUGGAGCUAGAACGCCUCACUGAGGAGAACGAAACUCUUCGUGCAAGACUUAGGGACGUAGCACAUUCUCCAUUGUCGGAUUCAGAGAAGCAACAGUUACUCCUGGAUGCCUCGAGACUGCAUAAUUCAGCACCGGCGUCAAUAGCAAUCCCCCAAGAUGAAGGUUCUACACCAGUCACGAGUAUACCCCAAGAUAAUGCUCAGUGUACCACCCCAGAUUGGGACAAACACUCAUCUAGUUCUGUAUCAGAGGUUUCUGUCGCAUGUCUGCAGGAUAGAAUUUUGCAAAUGGAAGAAACGCAUUAUUCAACGAAUGAAGAGUUACAGGCAACGAUACAAGAAUUAAGCGAUCUACAAGCACAGCUUACAGAACUACAAGCUGAUAAUGAAAGGUUAACAGAGGAAAAGGAUGUGCUGCUGGAGUCACUGUGUAGACAGACAGAGAAGCUUGAAGAUUCACGUUCCAAGGUGGAUACUUUACAGGGUUUGCUCUUAAGGGAAGAACAGCCUCAGGAAUCUUCCAAAGGCUACAACACAGAGCGUGAGCAAAAACUAGUAGACCUUCUGAAAAGUGCGCAAGAGGAACGAGAAUCGUUACUACAGAAACAAGAGGAACUGACAUCUGAAGUGAAGACUCUUCGAGCAGCAGCUGAAGCCAGUGCAGCUGAGACAGAACGCUUAACAAAAUGCGUACACUUGCUAGAAUCCUCGGAGGAGACAGCGAACCUUGAGAGGAAGCAACUGGACAUGGAAUUGGCUGAAGCUAGGCAGGAAGGAGCGAAUCGAACCAUAGAAAUAAGCAGGUUAGCCACGUUAUUGGAUAAUGCCAGAGCUAAAAUCGAAGAACUGGAACAAUCAAGGCAGGUGGAGAAUAAGAGUGAGGCUGAUGAACUAUUAGAUGCAGCCAGAAGAGAGAAGGAUACUCUGGAAACGCAAGCGGCAGCCCUGCAGGAGCAAUUGGCACGUUCGCAUUGCGACCACGACCGCCUUAAAGAUCAAUAUUCACAGCUUCAAGAGGAAUACAAAGUAGCGCGCAAUAAUGCCAAGUCAGCCAUUGACGACCUGGAGUAUAGGUUAAAUCAGCUGAAGGACGAGAGGUUAUCCAUGAGCACGGAGCUGCAGCUUGUCAGAGACUCUCUGGCAGAGCUGCAAGCACAAUGUCAGAGGCAUUUAGAGGACAAGAGGGAGCUAAAGGCUGCUUUAAAUGAAGCUCAGCGCAGAGAACGCGAGGCUCAGUCACGUCAAUUCGAAUUAGAACGCGCUCUUGCCGAAGAAAAAAAAUUGAGGCAGGAGGAGGUGGCAGAAUGGGAACAGUUCCAAACGGAUCUCCUGAUGACCGUACGAGUGGCAAAUGAUUUCAAGACAGAGGCUCAAAGUGAGCUAGAGAGAGUUGUGAUGGAGAACAAGGCACAGAGGGAUAAAUUAAGAGCUCUGGAGGCGCAGCUUGACAAACUGAAUAAAGGUCAGAAUGGUAGUGAAUCAACAGCGAAGGAUAAAUCUCUGGUAGGGAGGACAUCGUCGUUGAGAGAGAAAUUUGAGACAAUCGUAGAAGAUGUGGAACUGAGAUCAGGACGUCAAAUAGCUAACCAAAAGGUACAACAACCACAGCAGAGGUCAUCUAGCACGCCCACGGAAACUCAACAGUGCGUGUUGACCAGCGUUCAACAAGAAAUCGCAGCUCGUCGUAAAGCCAACAUUUCCCGCCAAGAUUCGAGGCUUUCCGUGAAAUGUUUAAUAGAGAGUAUUGAGAAUGCUACAAAACAAGCAAAAGCGGGUCCUGGAAGUCGUAGCAGUUCUACGUCAUCUCUCAAUUCCAUCGGCACGAACGACAUAAUGACACUAAAAGCUCCACUGAGAGAUCAACAGCAGAUAAAUAACCUAAUCUGCACGGCGAACACAACGAACAAUAAUAAAACUCAAGCCGCAAUCACGAGAAAACCUUUAUCAGAAACAAAGUCAACAGUGCCGGUUGUGUUGAGCCCUGGAGAGCUGCUGGACUCAGCCGCGCUGAACGCCAAAGCGAUCGACUUCGUGCGCCGCAACAGCGUCACAGAUUUAUCAGAAAGGAAAGAUCCUCUGUGCGGAUUAAUUAAAAAUGGCGGCUCAAAACGGAAUGCGUUGCUCAAGUGGUGUCAAAACAAGACGCUUGGCUACCGGAAUAUUGACAUCACGAAUUUCAGUAGCUCGUGGAACGAUGGUCUGGCGCUCUGUGCUAUCCUUCAUUCCUAUUUGCCACACAAGGUACCAUACGACACGUUGACGCCGGUGGAGAAACGGCGAAACUUUUCCAUUGCGUUUUCCGCCGCUGAGAGCGUCGGGAUACCUACUACAUUGAAUAUAGGUGAAAUGUGUCAAUUGGAGCGACCUGAUUGGCAACAAGUCAUGACGUACGUGACUAGUAUUUACAAACACUUCGAGACGUAAAUUUCGGUACAUUAUCGCCUCGAGGCAGGUUCUCCCUCUCCAUCCACCAUUGAGAAUGUAGAUCAAGGAACAAGAUCAUCUAGUCAACCGAAGAAAAGAAAAAUUCUACAGGGGCGAAGGGAAAACUUGGUUUUCCCAAGGACUCUUCUUUUUUUUUCUCUUGUUUUUCUUUUUUCUGGAUUUCCAAGGAUCGCUGGAUUUUAUAGCACUGCCUACCUACUCUAAUACUACUACCGCCUAUAUUACACUUAUCUAUAUACACGUGAUAAUCGCGAGUGAAAUUCGACGGGACAUAACCUAACACCAAAUGGAAUUGCUUUUUUUUACUAUGAGACUGAAUUUAAAUAUACAUUGCAUAUAUUAUAUAUAUGUGUUAAGAACCGGAGCAAAGAAAUAGAGGCAGGGAUAUAUAUUAAAGAAAAGAAAGAAAGAGGUAUACCUCUGCAAGGAGAAAGAGAGAGAAAAGAAUGCUUUAUACCGAGUCCACUUUGUCUACCGUGAAAGUAUAUAUAAUAUUGUAUGUUUUCAGUGCCUCUUUGGCAAAGCCAACGUGUUAUUAUAAUUACAUACAUGC